GAGAGAGAGAGAGAGAGAGAGAGAGAGAGAGAGAGAGAGAGAGAGAGAGAGAGAGAGAGAGAGAGAGUGAGAAGAGAAACUGCGGCGGAGACAUUCAGGUACGGCGCCGUCUCGACACAGUCGGCAGUUUCCUCUUUGUUUAGCUGAAAACUGUUAGUUUUGUAGAUGAGUGUGAUUCUGGUUAGGACCGUGAAUGUUUGUAAAGAUUUACACGAAUUGGAUUUGAAGUUGUUGAGGAUGGCGUCUGUGGUGAACAUUACAUUCUUCCACGGCUACAAAACAGAACAAUGGUUCUGUAUGUGUUGACAAACUACCUGAAGGGAUUAAUGAGAUGAAGAUUAAAGAUGAUAAGGAAAUGGAAGCAGCUGUGGUCGAUGGGAAUGGAACUGAGACAGGUCACAUCAUUGUUACAACCAUUGGUUGUAAAGAUGGUCAGCCUAAACAGACCAUAAGCUAUAUGGCAGAGCGCGUCGUUGAGCAAGGUUCAUUUGGAAUUGUUUUUCAGGCGAAGUGUUUAGAAACGGGAGAAACUGUUGCGAUAAAGAAAGUUUUGCAGGACAAGAGAUACAAGAACCGUGAGCUGCAGACGAUGCGCCUUCUUGAUCACCCUAAUGUCGUCUCCCUCAAGCAUUGCUUUUUCUCAACGACCGAGAAAGAUGAGCUGUAUCUCAACCUGGUCCUUGAAUACGUUCCCGAGACUGUCUAUCGCGUCUCAAAGCAUUACAGUCGAGCAAACCAGAGGAUGCCCACGAUAUACGUCAAACUCUAUACAUAUCAGAUUUGCAGAGCUCUAGCAUACAUUCAUGGAGGAGUUGGAGUCUGUCACAGAGACAUAAAACCACAGAAUCUUCUGGUUAAUCCUCAUACACAUCAGGUCAAGCUCUGCGACUUUGGUAGCGCUAAAGUUCUGGUCAAAGGCGAACCAAACAUCUCAUCCAUCUGCUCCCGUUACUACCGAGCACCUGAGCUUAUAUUUGGAGCCACAGAAUACACAACAGCUAUUGACAUAUGGUCUGCAGGCUGUGUUCUUGCUGAAUUGCUCCUUGGACAGCCUCUGUUUCCAGGUGAGAGUGGAGUCGACCAACUAGUAGAGAUCAUUAAGGUUCUUGGAACACCAACUCGAGAGGAAAUCAAAUGUAUGAAUCCAAACUACACUGAAUUCAAGUUCCCUCAGAUUAAGGCUCGUCCUUGGCACAAAAUAUUCCAUAAGCGUACACCUCCAGAAGCUGUAGAUCUGGCCUCAAGACUUCUCCAGUAUUCUACAACAACAGUCUUUAUACCUUCUUUUUAAUUCUCUCUCUCUCUCUCUUCCUCUUGUUGUCUUCUUCUUCUUUUAAGUUUCUUGUUUGUUGGGUUCAGAAACUAGGAUUCACAUUCACCUGCUGCCUCUGGCUUGCUCUUUCAGGUCAGAGGCCCAAAAAAACAAGCACAGGUGUAUAUCAAAGCGUGUUCUGUCAGAGAAAAACUUACAAAUGAAUAACCAAGGAAGUCAGAACGUUGCAACUUGCAAGCCCGUCACUACAUUUGUCCACACUGACACCGACACUUUCAGAGAAGUCGUGCAGCACUUGACAGGUCCAUCAGAGAGCAAUGCUGCAGCGGUACCAGAAGCAACAGUGAUAAAAUCCGCCAUUCAAAGGAAGCCCACUUCUAAGCUCCAUGAGAGAAGGCAAUGCAUGAGGCCAAAGCUUGAAAUUGACAAACCUCCUCUAAGCUUUAAACCCACUGACGGAGAUAAAGCAGAUCCAGAUAGUUGUACAACAAACAACGAAGAAGAGGAGAGAGACGCUUUUACUUGCAUCCAUCGCUAAGGUCUAAACCAGGGUAUACAGAGCCAGAGCUGCUUACUUUGUUUCCUUUAACAUCUCCCAAUUCGAGUGGCAGACCAUAAAGCGUGUUCUCUGCCAACUAUCUCAAAGCUCAUGUACAUGUAGCGUUUCAGAACUGUAUCAUUGAAAGAGAAAGACUCUUCACUUGCAUUAUCUUAA